GACUCCUCCCUUUCUGCCCCCUGCCCCUCUUACCCUCCUACCUCCAUACCUUCUUACCCCUCUCCUCUUCGGUCCACAGCAAGUCAUGAAGCUUAAUUAUCAAUCAGACCUGUCAGACGUGGAUAGUCAUUUGGGUAUCAUGAAAAAUGAACAUACAAUGUUUCAUCUUGCGUCAGCUGAAAUUCAAGUGCCUUCUUCUUUCACUGGCCAUCGUGUGUCUUUUCAAGUUUCUUGUCGUCCACAAAAAAUACUCUGCUAAAGACGGCUUACUCGUAGGACCACAUGGAAACACAGAAAACACGUCCAGAAUCCAGCUAAAGAAAUAUGACAUUGAUUGUUCUGCAAUCUAUAACCUGGAACCAAUGGAAGUUGGAAAAUCCUUAGAAAUCAGGCAUAAAAACAUUAUCGAUUUGGAAGAUGACGAUAUUGUCAGUUUGACUUCAGACUGUGAGAGUUACAAAGAGUUGAGAGAACACAUGCAUAAACCAUUAUCAGACGAGGAGAAGGAUUUUCCCUUGGCUUACUCUUUGGUUCUGCAUAAGCAUGCUUCCAUGGUAGAAAGGAUGUUGUGGGCCAUCUACAUGCCUCAUAAUAUUUACUGCCUUCACUAUGACCAAAAAUCUUCAAAGACGUUUAUUGCUGCUAUGGAGAACCUAGCUAAGUGCUUCCCCAACGUUUUUAUCGCCUCUAGAUUGGAAUCAGUAGAUUAUGCCCACAUAACAAGGCUUAAAGCUGACCUCAACUGUCUGUCUGACCUUCUUGGGUCUGUAGUCCCAUGGAGAUAUGUCAUCAACUUGUGCGGCCAAGACUUCCCACUCAGGUCCAACUUUGAGCUGGUGGCAGAGUUGAAGAAACUGCAGGGGGCCAACGUGCUCGAGUCAACCCGUCCCAGUCAACUAAAGAAACAGCGCUUUGAAUUUCAGCACGUACUGAAGGACAUCGAAUUUGAUUACAAAAGAAUUCCUGUUAAGACAGCACUGACCAAAGCACCUCCGCCACACAGCAUCGAGGUCUUUGUGGGAAGUGCCUACUUCAUCUUGUCACACGAGUUUGUGAAAUACAUCUAUGACAGUCAGCUGAUGCAUGACUUCUUGUCCUGGUCUGCAGAUACCUACUCACCAGACGAACACUUCUGGGCCACGCUGGUGCGAGUCCCAGGGGUACCUGGUGAAAUCCCAAGGUCCCAACCCGAUGUCACGGAUCUGAUGAGUAAAACACGCUUAGUAAAAUGGGUAUACCUGGAGGGGUCACUGUAUCCCCCCUGCACUGGCAGUCACAUGCGUGCUGUGUGCAUCUAUGGGGCUGCAGAGUUCCGCUGGCUCCUUACUUAUGGGCACUGGUUUGCCAAUAAGUUUGACUCUAAAGUUGAUCCUGUUAUUGUUCAGUGCUUGGAAGAAAAACUGGAGGAAACUCAGCGACACUGGGUCAGCUUGGCAUCAGAAGAAACAUUUUGGAGGAAUAUCUGAAGUCUGUAUACAAUAGUUGUACUGGAAACAAAUACAGUUAUUUUUUUGUUUUCAGAAAGGGUGAUUUACUUCUUUUGGUUAGUCUAUUUUUUUAAAUGACAGAGUCCCUCUGGGUCCUCCUUUUCACUUCCACAUCCCUUCUGACCCCUCCCACUUCCCUCUGACUCCUCCCAUCUCCCCUGGCCCCUCCCAGUUACACAGACCCCUCCUAUUUUUAUAUUGACCCCUCCCACUUCCCUAUCUAGUUUUCUUCUCAACUAAAUCAAUAUUUAUUCCCUGAAAGUUAUGUUGAUUAAUGCAGAUUUAUAAAAUACAACAUCACAGUCACCCCUGCAAAAUCACAAGGGUUAGGGGCAGAAGAACCCUUGUGAAUGAAAAAAUCCAAGAAGAAUACUUGGGCACCUCUAACCUCAAAUCAAUCUGCAAGCCUGAAUGAUAAAAUAAAAAGCCUAUUUUUACCCAAUUUAUAAGCGAAUACUACAGUUCUGCACACCUGGCAUGUCGAAUUGUUGUCAUUUCCUAUCUAUCGUUUUUUAUAUGGCACACAGACCAUGUAAAUUAUGCUACUUCAUGUACAAAGUUAUACUGUAGGCCCUGAGGGCCAGAGUCAGCCCAUCCUAUAGGAGGCAACAGCAAAAAUGGGACCCAUUUGAUUAGGGGGCGUUAAAGAGCGAGUGAAAAAAAUCAGAAGAAAUACCUCAGGUUGCAUUCCCCAAUAUUACAGUUAUUUACACUAGUUUUAAUAUUUCACUGCUUUUCUUGUGAAAUAGACACGAGCACCCAGAUUCAAUGUGCUACGGAAAUGUUCCUAAUACCAAUGAACUGACAAAAUUGGCUUUGUACUGCUUGGGGAGUUGAGGGUAGGGGGUGCUCAGCAGAAUCUUGCGUAGGCUGGCCCUGUUAGGAGCAUUAGAAAAAAGUACGAAAUUUGUUGCAGGGAAGCAGAUUUCAGUCACAAAGACUAAUAACACGUGAAUGUGGCUGGUUGCUGAGACAAACAAGCACGGACUUGUUUGUCAAGCCAAGACUUUUAAUAUUAAAGUUACAGGAUGUACUUACACUAAGAAAUAUUCAUAUUUAGGCCUAUAUACGGUUUUAUGUGAUCCGAAUAAUUUUCAGUAUUGUUUUUGUCUUACGCAUCAUCUGUGAGUUCCCGCAAUCUUUCUGCAAGCUUCAAACACAUUUGCAAUGAUUUUUUUCAUGAGUAAACCAUGGAUGCGCAAAUCUGGAGGGGUGACUGUAAUUGACUCCUGAUGUAAAGACCCAUCAGGGAAUAGAAUUUGCAUCUAUCCGUUACUGUAACCGCUUAAUCCCCACAGGGGUAGUGGGGAGCCUGGAGCCUUUCCCUGGAACAAUGGGCGCAGGCAGCAAACAGAACUUGAAAGUAAUAGUUAUAAUCAGCUGUGUAACAGUACACUAAAUUUAUAGUUCGAUAGGUACCUCGGUUUUGAAGUCACGGUUUGGUACGUUUUCGGUACAGUGGCGGUAAACGAAACAAAAACAUAAAUUGCUUCUUUUUUUUUUUAUUAAACAGUUUACUGGACAAAGUAUGACUGUCUUUCUUAAAAAGUCUUAAAGUCUUUUAUUUACUGCUACAACAUACUAAUGAAAAACUACAAUUUACUUAAGUAAAUCAAAAUAAAUAUUCUCUCAUGUAAAUAAAAAUAAAUAUCAAUUAAGGUGUGUCAGGGUCGCGGGUAAGCGGACGGGCAGGCGGGCAGGAAGGAUCAGACACGCAGGCAGGCAGGCGAAAGUCGGGGAAAACGGGGAUUUAUUGCGGGGAAGAUAAGAUAAGAUAAGAUAGGACUUUAUUGAUCCCACAGUGGGGAAAUUUGUGUGUUAUCACAGCUCCAGACAGAUAGCAAGAAAGAGUUACAAGAGUAGAGAAUAUAAAAAAUACAAGAAUAAGAAUACAAAAAUAAAAAUAAUAUAAAAUAAGAUAAAACACUAAUACAAUAGUAGUGCCUAUGUACACCCAUACACAGUAUGAAAUAUGGAUAGUGGGUUGUGGAAAAGUGCAAGUAAUAAUAAAUAUCAACUAUUUAACUACUAUAGCUACAAUUUACUAUUCAGGUAUUGCUGGGUUUUGGCAUGUACAUAUAUACACCCGUGCAAUGCACAUACAUCCAUACAUACAUACAUCCAAACAUUUUAAACAGAUAUGCCUCUACAUAUACGUAAACUGUAGAUGCAGAACCAUAUACAUGCACAUGGAAGGCCAGGGAAACAGCGAGGAAACAUCGGACAUCAACUAACAUCAAUGACGGACAACAGGCAAGGCAAGACGUGGACUCAAAUAGACAAGACUGGGCGAAAAUAAUUGGACACAGCUGGGCAAGAUCGGGGAAGCACGCGUGGAUAAUCAGGGGGCGAGGAUCGGACGAGCUGGGCAUGACAAGGUGCACAUUUAUAAAAUGAACUGUACCUGUUCUGUACUGCAUUCACAAAAUACAAAGCGUAACAAAAUAAAUAUCCAUUAUGGUGCAGCAUUUAAAGAAAUACCUGCACCUGUAUUCGCAUUACCAUCUUCCAGCUUCACUUUAGGACGUACAUGGGCAUGCGUAGUGGCGCGGCUUCAUCCGCCACUUCCGGAAUGUUGCUCGAAGGAACACACUGAAGUUCUGCGUUUGCUGCAUUCGUUUGGUACAUUUGCGUACCGAACCGAAAGACCUGUACCGAAAAAUUUCGUUACGAAUAUGUGUACCGUUACACUCCUAAUAGCAGUUUUAAUUACCAGAGUUAAUGUGCACAUAUUAUGGCUCAUUAUUGUAAAGCGUUUACAGGUUUGAAAUAGUAUCGGGGUAUCAGUGGGGGGCCCUGUUAGCUCACACCUCCAGGGGUUGGGGUAACUGUCCCACCUAUGUUCUGUGCAGGUGUGGAUUUAGCAGUCAUCCCCAUGCAGUUAGGCUAAUAUCUAUGAUGAAUAUUAAAGUAUGUUCAGCUAUAAAAAUAAAAUAUAAAUCAUAUAAUAACCCAAAAGUUGCCUGUAACAUGCAUAUCAUAGUGUAUAAUGGGUGUAACUGGUAAUCUUACCCUCAGAAUGGAACUUAACUAAGAAAUCGCUCAUUUCUUGCCAAGGACAAUGGUAUUGUGCCUGAAAUACAUGAAAUAUUGUUUAAAAGGAAUAUGUUUAAAAGGAAUGUAUUGUUUGUACAUUGACAUUGGUUUUAUGUAUUAAGUUAUUGGUUUAGACUGUUUUUUUCACUUAUUUUCAAUAAAUGAACUUAGUCAUUAACUUUGUGUUUUGUAUGUAAUCCUGAAUUGUUUUUGUAAAAUCCAUACACCUAUAUACUUUGUAUCUAAUUUGGUUUUGUGGUUUUUU